AUGGAACCUCCAGAAUCACCGAAACUGCAUGCUGGGCCGCAGGAUAACAGCCAGGCAAGAGCAGCCAGCCAUUCAUCUCAAAACUCGACGCCUUCGCUAAUGCAGCAGAAGUUUAUGGCUGCGGAUGUAGCCGAAGAAGAAUCAAAAGCAGAUUGGAACCGGCGCGCGGCUGCUAUCCAAGAGGGCAUAAAGGAGGAACGCGAGCGCAAGGAGUUAUACUUCUUCUAUGGCUCUCUUAUGGAUCCAACGCAGCUGCAACGUGUUCUCAACCUCAAGAACCGACCGAGGAGUCUGGUACCGGCCGAGAUCGUUGGGUAUCAUAUUCAGAUGUGGGGACCGUACCCAGCGCUGAUCGAUGGACCCCCCGGAAAUGUGGUUAAGGGCAUAGCAUAUGAGAUUGAGGGUGAAGAAGCUAAAAACAAGUUGGCUGAUUAUGAGACGGGCAAUUAUAAAGAGCACAGAUGCACUAUACGUCUCAAGGGAGGGGCUCAGGUAUCUGGCAUAACUUUCGAGUGGUCUGGAGAUAUGGAUGAUUUGAAAGACGCCAGCUUUGAUCUGAAAGACUGGCAAAUGACGCAUUUGUUGGAUGAAUAA